CUGUCGCUGGUCGCUGUCGCGGCUGUCCGAUCGGUCGGUGUGUACAUCCUACGUCCUACGUAUGCGGUGUCUCGGUUUAUCUUUCGUUACUCCUGUUAUAUUUGGUAUCUACUGCCAUCGUCGCAUGCAGCGUCUAUCCACAUAUCAUAGCAAACUCUCGUGAUUCGAGAACGACAAAUGGCUAACGCAUUAGAUGCCGUCGAUUGGGAAGAUCUGAGAAGACAAGCAAGACAUUUAGAAAAUGAGAUUGAUGCAAAACUUGUAGCAUUCAGUAAACUUGGUAUCAAUACAGGGUCCAAGCUUGUUAACAGUGAUGAAGUGCCACUUUUGGACGAGGAACAUGUUUUCGAAAACAUGGCUUCUGAAAUAGAAGCAUUGUUAGCUAAACUAUUCUCUAUAAAUGAAAGAAUGAGCGAGCUACAACCAAAUGGUGCUGCAAUGUUGCACACCAUGCAGCGCCACAAAGAUAUACUAAAGGAUUACAAAUUGGAAUUUAAUAAGAUCAGAAAUAACUUUGCAGCUAGAAGAGACAGAGAAGACCUGCUUGGAAGUGUUCGUAAAGAAAUAGAUAAUUAUAAAAGUGUAAGUGGUCUAAACCGCAGAGAGAUGUUCAUGAAGGAAAAUCAACAUAUCCAUAAUUCAGAUCGGUUGAUCAAUGAUCAAAUCAGCAUAGCAAUGGAAACACGAGAACAUUUGGUGACUCAAAGGCAGGCGUUUAAGCGUAUACAAACCAGGCUGAAUGAUAUAUCCAAUCGUUUUCCAGCAGUGAAUAGUUUAGUGCAAAGGAUAAAUCUGCGCAAGAGACGAGACUCUCUUAUUCUUGGUCUUAUAAUUGGUUUUUGCACAUUUCUGAUGCUCCUGUAUGCUUUUCACUAAAUAACAAUCUAUAUCAAAGUGCUUCCCUCUUAUGGACUAGUGUUCCAUCAACGGAGAUGAGUAUACACAUGUAGAAGUAAGCCGUAUCUAGUAAUGGUGUAUUGGUAAGUGUGAAAUCUAUGUGUGCUUCUAGCGAUGAAAAUGUUUCUAUUGUUUGAGGCCGACAAGAAUUUCGCACUCGACCAAUAUUCAUUACAUGAACAAUAAACACUGAAACUGAAAAGAAUAAUUGAUGGUUUUAUGUGAGAAGACCAGCGAAUGUGUUACGAAAGUAAAACAGAGAAAUUGAAAAUGUUAUGCUGUACAGUUUUUUUAUACCUAAUGUAAGCUGUGGAUGAUACUAUGUAUACAAUUUGAGUCCACGAUUGACACGUUAAUUUAAUAAAUGU